GGGAAUCACCAGCGCUGCGGCAGCGGCGAAGCGGCGGGAAGGCCGCGGCCCGCCAGGGCCGGCGCGGACGGCAGGGGGCGGGAUUCCGGAGGCGGCCACGCGGCGCGAGGCCUACUUUUUCGGCUUCGCGUCUGCAGCAGACGAGGAGGGCGGGGCCUCGGCCACCCUGGGCCCGGUGCCCCGCAGCCUCGCCUCCACCCGGGGCUUCACGAUAGACCCCUUUGUGUUCCUACCCCCGCCCCGGAGGCGCCCCAGCCGGCGGCGCUGAGUUCCCUCAUUGGCUCAGCCUACGGCUUCAUCGAUUGGCUCCCGAGCGUCCGGAGUAGUGAGCCUCUUCUCACUACUAUUGGUCCUCUGAGCUGUCCCUUAGGCUGCCGCGCGAGGUGAUUGCCCGGCCGCUCCGAGUCCCUGGAAGCAGUUCCGGGAAACCCCGCGUGCUGCCGGGAUCGCGUCUCGGUCCAUGAGGGGGGGAGGGGGUGGCGCGCGCGCCAUUUCUAGUCGUUUUCAAAGCGCCUCGCGCUGAUUCUCACGGGCCCGGCCGCCGGCCCCAGAUCUGUCCUGCAGCAUAAUAAAAUGGCUAAUCAGGUGAAUGGUAAUGCGGUACAGUUAAAAGAAGAGGAAGAACCAAUGGAUACUUCCAGUGUAACUCACACAGAACACUACAAGACACUGAUAGAGGCAGGCCUCCCACAGAAGGUGGCAGAAAGACUUGAUGAAAUAUUUCAGACAGGAUUGGUAGCUUAUAUCGAUCUUGAUGAAAGAGCAAUUGAUGCUCUCAGGGAAUUUAAUGAAGAAGGAGCUUUGUCUGUACUACAACAGUUCAAGGAAAGUGACUUAUCACAUGUUCAGAACAAAAGUGCAUUUUUAUGUGGAGUUAUGAAGACCUACAGGCAAAGGGAGAAACAGGGGAGCAAGGUGCAAGAAUCCACAAAGGGACCCGAUGAAGCAAAGAUUAAGGCCUUGCUUGAGAGGACUGGUUAUACUCUGGAUGUUACCACAGGACAGAGAAAAUAUGGUGGUCCUCCACCAGACAGUGUGUACUCUGGUGUGCAACCUGGAAUUGGAACAGAAGUCUUUGUAGGUAAAAUACCAAGAGAUUUAUAUGAGGAUGAAUUGGUGCCCCUUUUUGAAAAGGCUGGUCCCAUUUGGGACCUUCGUCUUAUGAUGGAUCCACUGUCUGGUCAGAACAGAGGGUAUGCAUUUAUCACCUUCUGUGGAAAGGAAGCUGCCCAGGAAGCUGUUAAACUGUGUGACAGCUAUGAAAUUCGCCCUGGUAAACACCUUGGAGUGUGCAUUUCUGUGGCAAACAACAGGCUUUUUGUUGGAUCAAUUCCGAAGAAUAAGACUAAAGAAAACAUUCUGGAAGAAUUCAGUAAAGUCACAGAGGGUUUGGUGGACGUUAUUCUCUAUCAUCAACCCGAUGACAAAAAGAAGAAUCGGGGGUUCUGCUUCCUUGAAUAUGAAGAUCACAAGUCAGCAGCACAAGCCAGACGCCGGCUGAUGAGUGGAAAAGUUAAAGUAUGGGGAAAUGUAGUUACAGUUGAAUGGGCUGACCCUGUAGAAGAACCAGAUCCAGAAGUCAUGGCUAAGGUGAAAGUUUUAUUUGUGAGAAACUUGGCUACUACAGUAACAGAAGAAAUAUUGGAAAAGUCAUUUUCUGAAUUUGGAAAACUUGAAAGAGUGAAGAAAUUGAAAGAUUAUGCAUUUGUUCAUUUUGAAGACAGAGGAGCAGCUGUCAAGGCCAUGGACGAAAUGAAUGGCAAAGAAAUAGAAGGGGAAGAAAUUGAAAUAGUCUUAGCCAAGCCACCAGACAAGAAAAGGAAAGAGCGCCAAGCUGCUAGACAGGCCUCCAGAAGCACUGCGUAUGAAGAUUAUUACUAUCACCCUCCUCCUCGCAUGCCACCUCCAAUUAGAGGUCGGGGUCGCGGUGGGGGGAGAGGUGGAUAUGGCUACCCUCCAGAUUACUAUGGCUAUGAAGAUUACUAUGAUGAUUACUAUGGUUAUGAUUAUCACGACUAUCGUGGAGGCUAUGAAGAUCCCUACUACGGCUAUGAUGAUGGCUAUGCAGUAAGAGGAAGAGGAGGAGGAAGGGGAGGGCGAGGUGCUCCACCACCACCAAGGGGGCGGGGAGCACCACCUCCAAGAGGUAGAGCUGGCUAUUCACAGAGGGGGGCACCUUUGGGACCACCAAGAGGCUCUAGGGGUGGCAGAGGGGGUCCUGCACAACAGCAGAGAGGCCGUGGUUCUCGUGGAUCUCGGGGCAGCCGUGGGGGCAAUGUAGGAGGCAAGAGAAAGGCAGAUGGGUACAACCAACCUGAUUCCAAGCGCCGUCAGACCAACAACCAACAGAACUGGGGUUCCCAGCCCAUCGCUCAACAGCCGCUUCAGCAAGGUGGUGACUAUUCUGGUAACUAUGGUUACAAUAAUGACAACCAGGAAUUUUAUCAGGAUACUUAUGGGCAACAGUGGAAAUAGACAAGUGAGGGCUUGAAAAUGAUAUUGGCAAGAUAUACGAUUGGCUCUAGAUCUACAUCCUUCAAAAAAUUGGCUUAUUUGUUUCAUCUUUAAGUAGCAAUUUGCUGCCAUUUGUAUUGGGCCGAAGAAAUCACUAUUGUGUAUAUACUCAAGUCUUUUUAUUUUUUCCUCUUUUCAUAAAUGCUCUUGGACAUUAUUGGGCUUGCAGAGUUCCCUUAUUCUGGGAGUUACAGUGCUUUUAUCGUUUCAGGCUUCAUUUUAGCUUCAAAACAAGCUGAGCACACUGUUAAAUCAUGAUUUUGCAGAACCUUUGGUUUUGGACAGUUUCAUUUUUUGGAUUUGGGAUAGAUUACAUAGGAGUAUGAAUAUGCUGUAAAUAAAAAUACAAGCUAGUGCUUUGUCUUAGUAGUUUUAAGAAAUUAAAGCAAACAAAUUUAAGUUUUCUUGUAUUGAAAAUAACCUAUGAUUGUAUGUUUUGCAUUCCUAGAAGUAGGUUAACUGUGUUUUUAAAUUGUUAUAACUUCACACCUUUUUGAAAUCUGCCCUACAAAAUUUGUUUGGCUUAAACGUCAAAGCCGUGACAAUUUGUUCUUUGAUGUGAUUGUAUUUCCAAUUUCUUGUUCAUGUAAGAUUUCAAUAAAACUCAAAAAUCUAUUCAAAACAUUACCUA